AGUUUGAUGUCCGCAGAAGUCGUAUCUCUUUCCCCUACUUCUGAGUCUGAGUGUUCCAUUGAAAUGCCAUCUAGGGAUCACUCGAGCAGUGCUCCUCCUCCUCCUCCUUCUGAUAACGAGCUCAGCUGGGGGCAGCGGAUCAAACGCUGGUUUAACCUCAAUUUCGUAUUGCCCGCUAGAAGCUUGGAAAAGAUGGACUUGGGUUCGGCCCUCAUCUUGGGAUUUUGGUUUGGAAUAUUUCCAAUCCCGGGCACCAGCACCGCCCUACUGGGGGCAUUCUUGGUCGUGUUCCGUAGGAGUCGCUGGACUAAAUGGUGUCCCAACGCACCCCAGUCUACCAUAGCACUUGGCGUGAACUUGUUAUGCACUCCCCUCUGUAUCGCGCUCAUACCGGCUUGGUUGCGCCUAGGUGGGCUCUCAUUGUGUCCUGAUGAUAAUAGCUGCUUGAACAAGGUGCACUGGUAUCUCCUGGGAGAUUCGCAGGCUGCGAGCCGGACUCUAUCGUCAGCGCAAUAAAGGCUAGUAGUGGCUUUCUGGCAGUUCUCCGAGCCGUGCAAGCGUUCGCCUCCUGUAUGGGCCUCUGUAUUAUGGUCUACCUCGCAUUCACUCCAGUCGUUGGCUUUAUAUGGUGGCUUAUGCUGAGGCCACAGGGCAGCGCGAGACUACCUGUUAUGAGACCCGAGUCACGGGAAUAAGUAUCAUCAGGAUAUGCUAUAACCAUUAUAUGUUUUUACUGUGAUGCAUUUUGAGU